UCGCGCACUCACUCACCGAUGCAGCAUUUGGCGCGCGGGCAAGUUCCCCAAAUCCACACCUGACGCAUCGCCUGAAGUCGGACGUGAGUCUUUAGGAAAGGUGAAAGGAAGAAACAAACCCGAAACAAAAAAAAUCAGACAGAUGACCUCCUUUUAUGACGAAAACGGGCUGGAGGAAGAACUCAGUCGAAUCGGCUGCCCUGAUGAGGAUUUGGAGUUUGAGUACCUGUUUGAAUAUGAACCACCUGACAGCAGCCGCGCAGCAGAUCGAGAUGACCCAAACCUUGCAUCCCACAAAGUUCUCAGCCACAACUCGGAGCAGGCGUUCCCUCUGGAGGAGGCCUCUCCGUUUGGUAUCAAGUCCUGUAGCCCAUCCUACAGCGAGAACCACUCUGAUGUUCUCUCAGCAUACGAGAACCAAGAGGCCAGGAACUACCUGGACAGCACUCGGCCUGGAGGGCUGACCUUGAGCCCACGCAUCGAAAUCACUCCCUCCCGCGAGCACUACAACCACGCCCGGGACUCCCUGCAGAACCAGCCCAUCAACAUUAGCCCCAGACCCACGCUCACUGUGCCCGGCCAUGAUAACCUUGCCUACCGUGAGCCCCAGUGCCUAAGCCCCGCCAGCAGCAACUCCUCUACCAGCUGGCACUCAGAGAGCUACUCCCCGUGGGCGUCUCCCUGCGUGUCCCCCACCAGCGGUCAGAACGCCGGAGACCUCUGUCCCCGAUUACAGAACAUCCACACUGGCUCCCCGCGCACCUCCCCGGGCACCUCCCCAUGCACCAGUCUAGCUGAGGACGGCUGUCCAGGACCCCGCUCACCCUCGCCCAGACCCGGUUCCCGCUCCACCUCCCCAAAGGUCAAACGCACCUACGACAUGUACAGAAAUCCAGGCUUAGUCCUCGGGCACCGCUCCCGCAGUCCCUCCCCUCACGGUGUCCAUGACGACCACAACAUAAGUGCCCACUAUGGCACCCACAGCAGCCUUGUCGAUGCCAUGAACGGCUUUGGCACCGUCCAGCCAGGCUUGGUGCCCACCAAAAUAGUCAAGACGUCCAACCAGGUUUACACUCUUUACCCAGAGAACCAUGGCGAAGGGAACUACUUGGUGUCCUGCAACCAGGACAUAAAAACCAAAGCUGCCACAGAGCCUUUCUUUGUUAUCCCACCAAUCUGGUCUAAGCCACUGGUUUCCAGCCUCUGCAGCAUCCCCGUGGCCUCCCUCCCACCCCUGGAAUGGCCGAUUCCCAGUCGCACAGACCAAUAUGAACUCCACAUCGAGGUGCAGCCAAAGCCACAUCACAGAGCUCACUACGAGACGGAGGGCAGCCGCGGAGCCGUCAAAGCCCCCACAGGGGGGCACCCCGUGGUGCAGUUACAUGGCUACAGGGGAAAGGAGCCGCUUGGACUGCAGAUCUUCAUUGGCACAGCGGACGAACGCAUCCUAAAACCUCACGCCUUCUACCAAGUCCACCGCAUCACUGGCAAGACAGUUACUACCACCAGCUUUGAGAAGAUCAUCAAUGGCACCAAAGUACUGGAGAUCCCAAUGGAGCCAAAGAACAACAUGAAAGCAAUAAUCGACUGUGCGGGGAUCCUGAAGCUCAGGAACGCCGACAUCGAGCUGAGGAAAGGCGAGACGGAUGUCGGACGGAAAAACACGCGUGUUCGUCUGGUGUUUCGCGUGCACAUACCUCAGCCUGGGGGUCAGCACGUUUCUCUCCAAGUGGCUUCUCAUCCUAUCGAGUGCUCCCAGCGCUCAGCUCAUGAGCUUCCCAUGGUGGAGAAGCAGGACAUGGACAGCUGCUCGGUCCUUGGAGGACAGCAGAUGAUCCUGACUGGCCAGAACUUUAGUUCUGAUUCCAAAGUCAUUUUUAUGGAAAAGACUCAGGAUGGGCAGCAAAUUUGGGAAAUGGAAGCAACAGUGGAUAAGGACAAGAGUCAGCCUAAUAUGCUGUUUGUUGAGGUGCCGUCCUACAGAGAUCCGUCCGUCUGCCAUCCAGUCAAAGUGAAUUUCUACGUUAUCAACGGCAAGAGGAAGCGCAGCCAGCCUCAGCACUUCAGCUACACGCCACUGGCAUCUCCACCCAUUAAGACUGAGCCCAUAGAUGAGUAUGAGGCAGACCACAUGAGCUUUGGCAUACCUCAGAUCUUGGGCAUAUCCCCUCAUUCCUACUAUCACAACCCUCGCAGUGUUAUCCAUCCAGACAAUGGCCUGGUUUCGGGCAUGGCUUCUUGCCAGCAGGGGCGCCUCAGUUCCAGCCUUCCAGGCCAAGAUACACAUUUCCAGCAGCAGAGCUCGGCCAUCGUCUUCUCCCGCGGGAGCAAGAACCUGAGUGGCAGCACCGGCCUUUAUCAGCAGACUGGAGGCUUGUUACCUGACCCUCACCGAUCAGUCCUGGUCCACACCGGUUCUUCAGCUCAAUCAGUUGGCCAAAUUGGCGCAGGCCAACAGUCUUCAAUCAUCCAGUUCUCCCCCACCAACCACCACCUGAUUCGGGCAGGAGACACUCAACCUCUUGAUGCUGCACAACCGGACAACCAACAGAUCAUCUACUGUGAUGGCUACUCUCCGCAAUCAGCCGUCAGCAACUCGCCGACGCCGUCCCAGCCCCAUGUGGUGUUGACCCAUCCUCAGCACUUUCCCACCGUGAUCCAGCAGCAACCUUUCAUGCAAAAAGCCCAGCAGAAAGGUCGGGCUCCACCUGGCUCGGGACAGAUGGAGGCUCCAGAGGAUGGACAGAGGAGGGUGACAGUCAAGGAGGAGAAUUUGGACCAGGCCUACCUAGAUGAUGGUGAGUUGAAUGAGAUCAUAAGAAAGGAUCUGACGGGCGUCCAGGCCAGAGGGCAGACAUAGAGGAGACGUGCACACAGUCUGAAGGUCUCCAGCCGUCCAGUGCAGUGACGCACUGCCACCAGCAAUCAAACCUUCACUUCCUCAUUUUCUUUGUCCCUACAGACAGAACCAGCAGCGGUGUGUUUGCUUUGGACAUUUUCCUGCAGCUAACACUUUCAUUUGGCAAACUGAUAAACUUUUGUUGACCUAGAAGGUCUGCCACCAACGUUCAGAAGCUUUCUAUCAAUCCAGUCUGAACCAAAAAAGGAAAACGUGAAAUAUUUUAUUGAUUUUCUUUUUAGCUUUAAACUUUGCUUUGCAAAGAAGGAAAGUAAUAAAGUGUUUUUUUUCGAUUUCAAUUUAUUUUCAUUUAUAUAGCGCCAAAUUACAACAGAGUUGCCUCAAGGUGCUUGAGGUUUGAUUGAUUAGCAAUAAAAUCGCACACACAACUUUCUGCACUAGUGAAUGAACUCCACAGCACUCAGUGAGUUUACUUGUUAAAAAAAAAAUAUAUUAGUGAAAAUAGAUCCAGCCUAUAUUCUAGAAACAAUAUUUCUUGUCCUGUUUUUAUUUAGUUUCUGUGUCUGUUUUGUCCAAAUCUUUUGUGCUGAUCAUCUCUUUUUAAGUGCAUUUUUCAAAAUAAAAAAAUAAAUAAAUAACAUGCUGCCUUAACAAUGUACAGAUUAACGUUUGUAAGACCUCCUAAUAUGCACUGUUUCUAAAGACAGGUGCUGAAUGUUCUUGCUUUUUAUAUUACAGAAUAAUUGUCCUGUUUUAUUUGUGUUAGAAACAUAUAUUGCAUUUUAUGUUGUGCCAAAGUGGCUUCACAGGAGCCUGUAAUGCUGCAGUCAUAGCAGGGGUUUAUAUUUUUUUAAAAACUGAAAAAGUUACAUUUAUAUGCCAUUUUCUUGUAUUGGGUGCUUUGCAUCUAAAAUGCAAGUUUGAAGGUAGCCUUUAUAUCAGUAGUUUAUUUUAAUGGUAUCUCUGUGUGGUUGCGUACACACUGCCAUGUCAAAGUAUCCAAAGUCUGUGCUUUGUAUUGUUUAAUGUAUAAUUCAGUUCUGUGUCUCUCUGUAAUGAGAGUCAGUAUAGUCAAAGCUUAAUGCCUGCUUAUACAGAGGCUUCAUUCAA